UGACACGCUUUUUUAAUAUAUCUCGUUUCGUGUGUCGCUGAUGGAAUCUUUCGGUGCUUAACAAACCGUAACUAUAUUUUUAUAAAAGCAAAAGGUUGGAUUAAAUCUCACUUCUACAGACUGAUUUGGUAAUCCGACACGUUAAAGCGGCGGAGAACGGAGUCAUAAAUCAGGCUAUAACUACAAGUAGCUCGUGAACACUUUGACUACUUGUAGUUAUAGCAUUAGUAUUGGUCGUAGUCUUGUUAGUAAAAGUGGUAGGAGAAGCAGAAGAAGUACUAAUAGUACUACUAGUAGUAGUAGUGUUAGUGACAAGGGUACUAGAUGUGAUUGCCAUUAGUUUUGGAAGCAGCAACGUUCGUCGCCGUCUUCGUACUUUGCGAAAUAAAUAGUUUCGAGGGAUUCGAAAAAUCUGGCAACCAAUAGACGCAAAUCCGUGUCAAUUGCCGGGCGACGUAGCGCUCAUCCAGGCCGUGCAGCCUCUCUCUCUGUGUGUGUGUGUGUUUUCUAAACGUUGGUGUGUCAGAGUGUGUGCAACGUCCUUUGUCUCCACGUCACGGUCGUGCUCGGUCCGUCUGUGUCUCCGUGUGUCUGUUGGCCGCUACGCCCUGGUCUUAAAGUUUGUGACGAAUGUGCUGAAAAACGAUGGUGCCGCCGAUGGCAGGUGCGGAGGAUGACGCCUGUCGCUGCGGCGGCUCGGUGCAGGCAGCGGCGGCGGCGGCGGCGGCUCGUUAGGGAAAAUUCUUUCUGUCUUUGUUUUUAUCCGGAGACAUAAAAAAAAAAAAAAAGAGGCGCGGAGGAGAUGCAGCGCAGUGGCCGAACACCGGGACACACGAUGAGGAGGACGUCAGCGGCUCCCGCGGGCCCCCUGUUCUACACAGUAAUGCUAAUGAUGAUGGAGAAUAAAUAGUCCAGAGAGGCGGGGUUAAUUGGUUUAGGGCUUUAAAGCUGCGCGGCCGCCGCUGUCACUGUGUGAUGUCGUAUUUUCAUUUGUGUUAAACCGAGGCUCAGCGGUGGGGCAGAUCAUCAGACAGGGAGGGGGCGCUCUGUGAUUGUGUGUGUGUGUGUGUGUGUGUGUGUGUGAGACGUAUAUGAAGAUGGUGUUCAGGAGUGAGGAGGUGUGUUUGGCGCAACUGUUCCUGCAGUCCGGCUCUGAAUAUGACUGCAUCAGUGAACUGGGAGAACUGGGACUGGUGGAGUUCCGAGACCUCAACCCCAGCGUCAGCUCAUUCCAACGGCGCUUUGUCAGCGAAAUCAAGAGGUGCGAGGAGAUGGAGAGAAUUCUGGGUUACCUGCUGAGGGAAAUCCAGAGAGCUCGGAUCCUGGUCCCCGAGGAGGACGAGAGUCCGCUGGCUCCUCCCCCCAGACAGGUCCUGGAAAUUAUGGAGCAGCUGCAGAGGCUGGAAAUGGAGCUGAGCGAGGUGGCCAAGAACAAGGAGAAGCUGCAGAGGAACCUGCUGGAGCUCACCGAGUACACGCACAUGCUGAGGAUCACACGCACCUUCAUCCACAGCCGCUCCAGGCAUGAAGCUCUUGGUCCUCAGUACGAAGAGUUCCCCACCAUGGAGACGGACUCGGUGACGGGCUGCACUGGGAUGCAGAGACUCGGAGCCAAGCUGGGGUUUGUUUCAGGGCUGAUCCAGCGGGUGAAGGUGGAGGCGUUCGAGCGCAUGUUGUGGAGAGUGUGUAAAGGCUACACCAUCCUCAGCUACGCAGAGGUGGAUGAGAACCUCACCGACCUCGACACGGGUGAGAUCAGCAAGAGUGUCGUGUUCCUCAUCUCUUUCUGGGGAGAUCAGAUUGGUCAGAAGGUCCAGAAGAUCUGUGACUGUUACCACUGCCACCUCUACCCACACCCUGAGAACGACGAGGAGCGCGCGGAUGUGCUGGACAGCCUGAAGACGCGCAUCCAGGACCUCAACAACGUUCUGCACCGCACCGAGGACUACCUGAGGCAGGUUCUGCAGAAAGCCGCCGAGUCGGCCUACUCCUGGGUGGUGCAGGUGAAAAAGAUGAAGGCCAUCUACCACAUCCUCAACCUCUGCAGCUUCGACGUCACCAACAAGUGUCUGAUCGCCGAAGUGUGGUGUCCCGUCAGUGACCUGGCCAACCUGCGGGGGGCGCUAGAAGAGGGCUCGAGGAAAGGUGACGCGACCGUACCGUCCUUCGUGAACCGCAUCCCCAGCACUGACACUCCGCCGACCCUGUCAAGAACCAACAAGUUUACCUGCGGCUUCCAGAGCAUCGUGGAGGCCUACGGGGUGGGGGACUACCGCGAGGUAAGCCCAGCUCCGUACACCAUCGUCACGUUCCCAUUCCUGUUUGCUGUAAUGUUUGGCGACUUUGGUCACGGGCUGGUCAUGAGUCUGUUCGCCUUGUGGAUGGUGCUGACGGAGAAGAAACACAUGAAGAAACGCUCCACUAACGAGAUUUGGGCGAUGUUCUUCAGUGGGCGUUACAUCAUCCUGAUGAUGGGCGUCUUCUCCAUCUACACGGGGCUCAUUUACAACGACUGUUUCUCAAAGUCUGUCAACAUAUUUGGCUCCGGCUGGAGCGUGAAGGCCAUGUUCACCAAUCAGCAGUGGACAAACAAAACUCUCCAAACCAACGCCCUGCUCACCUUAGACCCAAACGUCAGCGGCGUUUUCAGCGGACCGUACCCAUUCGGCAUCGAUCCUAUAUGGAACCUGGCAGUCAACCGCUUGUCCUUCCUCAACUCAUACAAGAUGAAGAUGUCCGUUAUAAUCGGGGUCAUCCACAUGACCUUUGGAGUCGUGCUGAGUGUCUUCAAUCACUUACACUUCCGACAGAAAUACAACGUGUAUCUGUUGUUUCUUCCCGAGCUGCUCUUCCUCCUCUGUCUCUUCGGUUACCUGGUCUUAAUGAUUAUCUACAAGUGGUUAGCAUUCAGAGCCCGGGACUCCAGUCAGGCUCCCAGCAUCCUCAUCCACUUCAUCAAUAUGUUCGUCAUGCAGGGGAAGGACAUCACUCCUCUGUUCCCAGGACAGACCGGGCUGCAAAUCUUCCUCGUGAUAAUCGCCGUGCUCUCAGCCCCCAUGCUGCUGUUAGGAAAACCUCUCUACCUGUACUGGCUCUAUCGUGGGGGCAAGGGCAUGCGCCGACGCAGGGGUUACGAGCGUGUCAGACAUGCAAGUGAAGACGAUAACUCCGCUGCACUGUCUCAUGAAGAUGAUGAAGAGGAGGGCCUUGAUGGAAUGUCCAGCAGAGAACGUCUUCCCAAAGAGUUUAAUUUUGCUGAUGAGCUCCUGCACCAGUCCAUUCACACCAUAGAGUUCUGCCUGGGCUGCAUUUCCAACACCGCGUCCUACCUGCGUCUCUGGGCCCUCAGCUUGGCUCAUGCCCAACUCUCCGAGGUGUUGUGGACCAUGGUGAUGCGUCUGGGUCUGAGGAUCACCACCAGAGUAGGGGUCGUGUUCUUGGUCCCAGUGUUUGGUCUCUUUGCUUUGCUCACCGUGUCCAUCUUACUAGUGAUGGAAGGUUUGUCUGCGUUUCUACAUGCUCUCCGCCUCCACUGGGUUGAGUUCCAGAAUAAGUUCUACCACGGGACCGGCAUCAAGUUUGUCCCUUUUGACUUUUCUCUCCUGCCAUCCGUGUUUGAGCAAGACGGCCUGCUUUAGAAAUACAGAGAGAAAAAAAAAGACUCGGAGAAGCUGGGUAUGCGUUAGAGGCAGACUUCAUCGUAGGGAGGACGCUGGAAGCUGCUGCACUUCACACUGUGACCACAGACCUUGGAGACAGUGGACCUCGACUCUCUCUCGUAGCAAGUUUUUUUCAACAUGACAAUUUUUAGGAUCUUAUCAACCGUUGCUGACUGCCUUACUGCUGUACUCGGAAAAAAAUCUCUCUGAACGUACAGACAGGCUCAAAACGUUCGGUUCUGCUGUUUCAGUUUUAGCUAAAGUGUCGCGCGGCGUUGUCGUCAGUGCGGGGGGGGGGGUCGGGUGUGGGGGGGUUAAAUGUGUAGGUUGCGGCGUGCUGUGUAAAAUAGUUUUCUAUUCUUUGCUACCUUGUAUUCAAACUAAAAAAAAGUGCAAUGUAAAAAAAAAAAAAAAGAAUUACGUCACAACAACGUUCUAC